AGCGAAUUUGGUUUUUUUGUCGAGGACUCGAUUAGUUCAUUUGAUAGUCGCCUCAUUUGUUUGAAAGUUAUGUUGCACUGAUGCGUCUCCAUCCACUACUACAUGCAGUUUUCGCUGUGAUCACUGUAAAAGUAACUGCCUCCGACGAUGAGGAACGCCUUAUGGUUGAUGUUUUUCGUGGGUACAAUUCCCUUAUACAGCCCGUAAAAAAUAUCUCCGAGACACCGAUAAUCGUCAAAAUAGCCAUGCAAUUAGUGCUGCUAAUCAAUGUGGACGAAAAAGAUCAGGUUAUGCACACCAAUGUCUGGCUAACUUUGAAAUGGUACGAUUUCCAAAUGCGAUGGAAUCCAGUAAACUAUGGGGAAAUACGAGAAAUGCGAGUUUCACCGGACAAAGUCUGGCUACCAGAUAUUGUGCUCUUCAACAACGCUGAUGGUAACUAUGAAGUCUCAUUUAUGUGUAAUGUUGUGAUCAAUCACAAAGGUGAAAUGCUUUGGGUACCUCCGGCCAUCUACAAAAGCUCGUGCAUUAUUGAUGUGGAGUUCUUCCCAUUUGAUGAACAAGUCUGCACAUUGGUAUUUGGCUCGUGGACGUAUAACGAGAACGAGAUCAAGCUCGAGUUUGUCGAAGGAGAAUGGGUAGAUUUGUCCGAGUACUCUCCCUCUUCCAUUUGGGACGUAAUGGACGCACCCGCAUCACUUGUGAAUAAAAGAAGUAGAAUAGAAUUUCAAGUUAGGAUACGGAGGAAAACGUUGUUUUACACGGUUGUACUUAUUAUUCCCACAGUGCUCAUGGCUUUUUUGAGUAUGGCCGUAUUCUUUCUGCCGACCGAUUCAGGAGAGAAGAUGACGCUAACAAUCUCCGUACUGCUAUCUAUUGUUGUGUUCUUACUGCUUGUGUCCAAAAUCCUGCCACCAACAUCCAGUACAAUCCCACUUAUGGCUAAAUACCUCCUUCUCACAUUUGUGCUCAACGUUAUCACUAUACUGGUUACUGUAAUCAUCAUCAACGUGUAUUUUCGUGGCCCGACCACUCAUCGCAUGCCAGCGUGGGUGAGAAAGUUAUUCUUGGAGUGGAUGCCUUGUGUAAUGUGUAUGCAGCGGCCGAAAUCUGCUUCGAGAAAGUUAUUAGCAAGUCAGAAACGAGGGGUGGCACAACUGCCAGGCUUAGGACAGUUCACUUUAAACCCAGCCACUCAUCAUCCUUUCUGCCCUAGCACCGAUGACAGAACAGCGUCUGUGAAGGUGCUGAGCAGCUCACCGGAAAUCGUCAGAGAUCCUUUGACUGCUGCGUUUUAUCCACUUUCACCAGACGCUCUGAAAGCUAUUGAUGCAAUCGAAUACAUAACAGAUCAUCUAAAACAAGACGAAGAAUUCAAAAUGUUUCGUGAUGACUGGAAAUACGUAGCGAUGAUUAUCGAUCGAUUACUGCUCUACGUCUUUUUUGGUAUCACCGUUGGUGGCACCUGCGGUAUACUUUUCAGUGCACCUCAUAUUUUCCAAGGCGUCAACCAAAAAGAAGUGUUACGACGGCUUAUCGAAUUGUACAAAUAUGGUGGCAGUCGCAGCUAA